AUGGCAACAUCUCUCAAAACAAGGAAGAGAGUUCCGAAUAGGCAUUCCAAUUCAUUAACGCAACUUUUGACAAAGCAUGAAGAAUUGGGAAACAACGUCAAUCUACAAGAUAGAGAAGCAUGCAGUGCAGCUUUAAAGCACGUCCAGAAUGCUAUAGUGGAAAAUAAAACCCUUCAAACAACCUUUGAAGGGGUAUUACACGCGUUCACGGACAAAGUGGACAAAAUGCCAGAACCCUUCACAAAUGAUGAAGAGGAUAAAGUGUCCGAGUAUACUACUAACGUCGAGGAACAUAUUGCCAGUACUACCAACCUGCUUCUUGAGGAAGAAAUUGCCAGAGCUACCCUAGCAUCUCAUAGUCUUACAUCUCCAAUAUAUAAUGUAUGUCAUCCUUCACUAGAAAGUCAGCCAGAACCACCGAGGAUACCAAUACCGGAGUUCAACGACAAAAGCUAG